AUGGCGCAUGAACCACGUACUCCCAACAACCUUCAGUGCCUUAUCGCCGGUGGACUUGCCGGUAUGGCCGUCGAUACAGCGCUGUUUCCACUGGACACAAUCAAGACCCGGCUACAAGCCAAGGGCGGGUUUCUGGCAAGCGGGGGCUUCCGCGGUAUCUACGCCGGUCUCUCGUCGGCUGUGAUCGGCUCCUCCCCGGGCGCCGCCAUGUUCUUCCUCACAUACGAAAAAGUCAAGGCCAUGGCCGAGCGGCGAGUUUCCAAAGAGUACCAGCCGGCCGUGCACAUGUUUGCAGCGUCCGCCGGUGAGGUCGCCGCCUGCAUGGUCCGCGUGCCCACUGAGGUGAUCAAGCAGAGACUGCAGACCAAACACCAUCCAUCGCUAGGCAAGGCAGUCCGCGGCACAUACCAUGCAGAGGGCAUUCUGGGGUUCUACCGCGGCUACCUGACGACUGUGGUGCGAGAGAUUCCGUUUACAUGCAUUCAGUUCCCGAUCUACGAGUACAUGAAGGUGUGGUAUGCGAAGAAGCAGGGUAGGCCAACCCAGGCAUGGGAGGCGGCGGUAUGCGGAUCGAUUUCGGGUGGAUUUGCUGCUGCCGUUACAACCCCGCUGGAUGUCGUAAAGACCCGGGUCAUGCUGUCAAUGAAGGGCAUGGAGGCACACAUGCAGUACUCGGGUAUUGGCAACACGCUUGUGCGGAUCGCCCGCGAGGAGGGCUUCAGGGCUCUGUUCAGCGGAGUUGUGCCCCGCACUAUCUGGAUCAGCAUCGGUGGAUUCGUGUUCCUGGGCUCAUACGAAAAGGUCAAGGCUUCUGUGCUGGAGGUCUCCCUAGUAGUAGUUGAGAAAACCACAAGGCCAUUGCUGUACCCAGUAGAAGGUGUCGCGGUAUCCAAGGCUUCUGUUCUAACCGUCAGUGACCGUGAUACUGAUGCCGACACUGGUUCAGAUUUUGAUUCUGCUGAUGGAGAUGAUGAUGAUGAUAGCGAUGAUGAUGACAAGGUUCCGGAGGAUGAAGGCGUCCGUCAUCCCGAAGUUCUCUGGGCGCAGCGCGAGGACCUCGUCUACCUGACAGUGAACCUGCACGAUGCGCAGGAUGCGGACAUCGACCUGCAGGAGACAUCAAUUGAUUUCAAGAACACGACGGACGCGAAGGACUACGCGUUCCACAUUGACUUCUUUGACAAGAUCGAUAUCGCGACGUCGAAGCGGUCCGCUACGGGACGCUACGUGUUCAUGGUGCUGAACAAGGCCAAGGGCGAGUGGUGGCCGAGACUGACCAAGGAGAAGGUCAGGCUGAACUUUGUCAAGACCGAUUUCGCUCGCUGGAGAGAUGAGGAUGAUUCGGAGGACGAGGCCCCUGCCGUUCCGGAUGGCAUGGACUUUUCGCAGUUCGGCAUGCCUGGCAUGGGCGGCAUGCCUGGAAUGGGCGGUAUGCCUGGAAUGGGCGGUAUGCCUGGAAUGGGCGGUAUGCCUGGCAUGCCUGGUGGUAUGGACUUCAGCCAGAUGUUGGCCAACGCCGGUGCUGCCGGCGGUGCUCCUGGCGAUCUCCCCCAGUUCGACGAGUCCAGCGAUGAGGAGGAGGAGGAGGAGUCCAAGUAA